AUGGCUUAUCCUUACGCACCCCCUCCGCCUGCACCUUCAACCGCGUCGCCUAGUCCGUAUCCAGCGUAUGCACAAGGUCAAGGUCAAGGCUCAGCCUACAAUCAUACCUCUCGUGGCGGCCAUAGUCAGCACGCCAACGGCGGCAGAGCGCGUGGUCACCCAGGCCACCAACACCAAGGCCCUGGUCGCAGUGAGUACGGCGCGCCGUACUACCAGCAGCAGGAAUAUGCAUCACCUGUCAAUCAGCCUUACAGCUCUCCGCAAUCCACUGCUUACUGGGAGCAGAGCGCACCACAUAUGAAUCACCACCAUCCGCCAGCAUCCCCUCUCCCUCCCGCGGGUUACUCUCCCACCCCCAACUAUCCUACCCAGGGCUAUGCCCAUUCGCCGGCUCAAGGCUACCAGGCGCAAUACCCAGCCCAGUCCCCUCGUCCCUCGUACGGUGCUGCGUAUGGCCAACCGCCCAAUGAUUAUCCUCAACGGUGGGCUGAGCAAGGACCUACCUAUGCAUCCUAUCCCAGUCGUGGAGGUCGGGCAGGUUACCAGACUGACCGAGGUGGUCACAAGUCUGACCACGCAAUGGGAACGCCUCUACGCAUGGGAUUUGACCAGCGGCAUGACCACUCUACAAGCACAAGCGCUGCCUAUGGUCAACCAUACCCUCACAGCAAUCAUCAGCCUACCCCUUACCAGCAACCCGCGUACAGUUACCCUCCUGUUCCUGCACCCCCCUUUGCGGGAUCCUCGCAUGCCACUCACGCACCCAGUAACAGAGGUGGCCAUGACUAUGGCCGUGGCCGUGGCCGUGGCGAUGGCGCCGGCCAUUCUCACAGAGGUGGUCGUUUCGGCGGAAACGGUGAUCGGGGCGAUAAGUUUCGCAACCGCGAUCACCGUCCCCAGCAGGGACCGAACAACCAUCAGAAGUCUGACGCAGCUUCCUCGAAGAAAAAGAAGCGGAAGACCAACACUCUUGGAUUGACACCUGGAGAUGGUGACUCAGAAGACGGGCUUGUUGACGAAGAAAAACGUCUGGAGGAGCUGCUCGGUCCGCUCCCGAGUAUUGCCAACAUGUCAGCCUACAUUGCCGAGCGUAGAGCCAACUACCCUACGAAGGCCCGCGCCCAGGCCCGACUCCAAGCCAAGAAGGAUGCUGGCCCGGCCAAUAGUGGCAAUUCCGCAACUACCGAGGUCGAUAGAGACUUGGCAGAGGCUGACAGAUUGCGCAAAAAACUAGCCAAGGUGGAACGCAAGCUGGAAAAGCGCAAAAGAGCCACCAACGACGAGGGGGACGACAUGAGAGCAAGCUCUGGCUCAUCUGAUGAGGAUUCCGAAGAUGAAAAACCUGAGACCAUGGGCACUGGAAAGACCAGCAAUGCGUUCUUGCCCCCUCCGCCUAUCUCACGAGCGGAUCCAACCAACCACUGCAAGUACUACGUUACUGGCGGUAGUUGUGGCAAAAAGAGCAAGUGCCGAUUCGUACACGAUCCUGCUCGCCGCGAGAUUGCCUUGCAAGCCCGUACCAGAAAUGGUGGCAAAAUGACUCUCAAGCAGCGCCUUAUGCUCAAUGAGGCGGAGAAUAGUGAAGUGGAAGUAGUAAAGGCGAUCAUAGAGCUGCGGGAGAAGGGUCGUUUGGAGGAUCCCGAGAAUCCUCCGACUCCGACCAGUAUCCAGCAUCCACAUGAGCAUGCACCUUCGGCCGGCGUAACUACUUUGCCCACCACCCCUGGUGCAGCCAAUCUGCCACCCAACCCCUAUUCGGGGGCCAAGAAGACGGACCCAACCCACAAAGUGAAGUCCGAGAGUCAGCAACCUUAUAAGAAUUGGUAUCUUGGCGGCUUCUCUAACAAGAACCAGGAUCUGCAGCCUAGGCAGCUGCCCUGA